GAAUGAAUACACAACACAAAAUAAAUAAUUAUAAUACAAGGCAAGAUGGAUUUUUUUUUACUGUGAGACAUCAUUGGAAUUAACCUAAAAAGAAACUAACCAGAGAUACAUAACCUCGUAAUUAAAACGUUUUCUGUUGACGUGAUAAUCUUAUUCCUAUAAAAUAAUAUUUGUAUUUUUGAACUUCCAACUAGUUAUUUGAAAUAUUGUGAAAUGCCUACUAUAGGAGUUAAGCGUGACUUAUUAUUCAAGUCCUUGGGCAAAUCAUACACCGAUGAAGAAUUUCAAACUCUGUGUUUUGAGUUUGGACUAGAAUUGGAUGAAGUUACCACUGAAAAACAAAUAAUUUCCAAGGAGCAGGGUGAAGAUUCAAACCUUUCAGCAAAUGCCUCCGAAGAUAUUAUUUAUAGAAUUGAUAUACCAGCAAAUCGAUAUGAUCUAUUAUGUUUAGAAGGUUUGGUUCAUGGACUUCUUGUCUUCCAAGGAAAAAUUCCACAACCAAAGUUUCGAGCACUCAAACCAGUAGAAAGCAAUGUGGAAAAACUCAUCAUAAAACCAGACACUGCAAGAAUUCGGCCUUACGCAGUGGCUGGCAUUUUACGUAAUGUAAAAUUUGAUCAGGAUAGGUAUAACAGUUUCAUAGACUUGCAAGACAAAUUACACAUGAACAUUGCUCGUAAAAGAUCUCUAGUUGCAAUAGGUACCCAUGAUUAUGAUACAGUUAAAGGACCAUUCUACUAUGAUGCAAAACCCCCCAAGGAUAUCAAAUUUAUUCCUCUUAAUCAAGCCAAGGAAUAUACAGCUGAGGAGUUGAUGACUUUGUAUUCGACACAUGCCCAACUGAAACAAUAUUUACCAAUAAUCAGGGAUAGCCCAGUUUAUCCAGUCGUGACAGAUAGUAAUGGCGUAGUCUUAUCUCUACCUCCAGUUAUCAAUGGCAACCAUACAAGGAUAACACUUGAGACCAAAAAUGUUUUUAUAGAAUGUACUGCUACUGAUUUAACUAAGGCUAAAAUUAUUAUUGAUACUCUGGUAUGUAUGUUCAGUGAGUAUUGUAAUGAAAAAUAUGAAAUUGAGUAUUGCGAAGUUGUAAAUACUGACGGAACUGCAGUUUUAUACCCAGAAUUGGAUUAUAGAACAGAAAUAAUAUCUGUUAAGAAAUGCAAUAAAAGAAUUGGUAUUAAUGAAUCUGCUGAAAGCAUGGUCAAACUAUUAUCCAAAAUGUGUUUGAGGGCUGAACUGACCAAUAAUCCUGAUAAUAUUAAAGUCACUAUACCGCCAACAAGACAUGAUGUAAUACAUGCUUGUGAUAUAUAUGAGGAUGUAGCAAUUGCUUAUGGAUAUAAUAAUAUAAAAAGAACUAUUCCCAAAACUAAUACGAUUGGCCAGCAAUUUGCUGUAAAUAAACUGACAGAUUUACUGAGAGGGCCGAUAGCAGAAGCUGGGUUCACAGAAGCUUUAACUUUCACAUUGUGUUCAAGAGAUGAUAUCUCGACCAAGUUGGGCCUUGAUUCUAUUGAUCAAGUACCUGCAGUUCAUAUCUCUAACCCAAAAACCCUUGAGUUCCAAGUCUGUCGAACUACACUUUUGCCAGGUAUCCUGAAAACAAUUUCAGCUAAUAAGAAGAUGCCUCUACCAAUAAAAAUAUUUGAAAUAUCGGAUGUUGUACUUAAGGACUCUGAAGCAGAGGUAGGUGCCAGGAAUGAAAGAAGGAUAUGUGCAGUUAAUUGCAACAGAACUGCAGGAUUCGAAAUUGUUCAUGGGUUACUAGAUAAAAUAAUGUUACUCCUGGAGGUAUCAUGGUCCCGUAAGAAAGAUUCUGUUGGAUACUAUUUGAAAGCAGCAAAUGAUCCUGCUUAUUUCCCAGGAAGAUGUGCAGAAAUAAUCUGUCAUGGAACACCAAUAGGCAAAAUCGGUGUCUUGCAUCCUGAUGUAUUAUCUAAAUUUGAUCUUACAAAUCCAUGUUCAGCCCUUGAGAUAAAUAUUCAAUCUUUUGUUUGAGUCUAAUUGAUAGAUGAGUUGUUUCAAAUAAAGUUGGGAGAUAUAAUUGGUGUCAACAAAAAUCAAAAUAAAAAAUUGAUUUGUA